GGCCAGUCAUUGGGGUGAAUUUAAUUUGAAACAAUGACCCUAAUAUUACCUUUAGAGGUGUCAAGGACAUAAAUAUGACUUCUUUUAGUUUGGACAUGAAAGUGACUAAAUUAAAUGAAAUUAAAUGUUAUAACCUCUAAAUACAACUCCAUUCAAAACCAAAAAGAAACUAAAUGCGUAGACAUAAAUAAACGUCAGAUCCCCUCCAUCUUUUCUUUGACGCAAAAGCAUCAGAUGAAGCCACCGCCCUCCAUCUUUUAUUUCAGAUCCAACAUCCGAGCACAAGAUCUGCCGCCGCCAGACCCAUCAUGUCGUCACACGCAUCCGCCAUCGCCGCCCUACUACUAUGCACUAGUCGCAACCCCAUCUCGAAUCUCACCCCUCUCGUCUUCUUCUCUUUUUGUGUUAUGCGUGAUUGGGACUGAUAGUGAUGAACCCAUCGACUAUAGAGACGUCGAGUGUUGGCGGCGAUGGGUGCAAUGAUGGUUGACAAUGUCUGAGGGCGACGAAGUCUUUGUGAGGUGCGAUAGAUCUAUAUUUAGUGCGUGGGGUGGGGUGCGGGGGCCUGGAGCGGAGGGUGGGGAAGCAGCUAUGCAGCGCGGGGGGAAAGGACUGUGAGGCUGAGGAGGGGCUGAGGGCUAGAGAAGGGGGUUAGGUGAGCCAAAGCGGACGGCGGUCGCCGGAUGGGGGCGGCAGUCACCAUUGGGUUGUGAUUGAUCACUGGCCAUAGGUCACUCCCACGGAAGUUACUGCGGCGGUAAUCACUGGUCGGAUGACAUAGUAGUCACUAAAUGGUAGAGUAAUCACUGAAUGACGGAGUAGUCACGACAAUUGGUGCAUCGGCACUCAUUGAAUGACGGAGUAGUUAUGAGAGUCAUUGAAUGAUGGAGUAGUCACCGAAUCACAUAGGGUGAUCAAGUCACUGGACCACAUAGGAAUUACUGUGACUGGUAGCAAUUUUGGGAGUCACUGAAUUGUAUUUUGAGUCAAUGAGAGGCUGUUUAGGUUGAAGUUAGUGGCACUAAUGCGGUCUCUAAAUUAAAG